AUGUCGUCUCCGGUGCCCGUGUUCCUCAUAUUUGCUAUCAUCCUCUUGGUGAUGGGGACUAUAUGGUUUGUGACGCCAAAGGGCCCAAACCAGACACUCAUCCGGACGAGUCUCAUGCUCGCGCUGAUGUGCUGCUACUUGAUGUGGGCAGUGACAUAUCUCGCGCAGGUGUACCCCCUAGAGAGACCACGGAAGACGGUGGGCAACGAGAUCUGA